CGUUAGACAUCAUUCACAGUUCAGACUUCCUGAAGAGUACAUCCCUAGUGCACUCAGUGUUUAAAAAUAAUAUUUUAAAAUACAAAUUAAAUUUUAAAUAAAAACAAAAAAAUGUUCCGUUUGACUAUUGUGUGUUUGGCGCUCUUCCUGGCCUCAGUUUCGGCCACGAAUGUGAGACAAUGCAAAAAUGGUAGACCUUUCCCUUUGAGUGUCGAAAUUGUGGGCUGCGAUAAGAUGCCCUGCAAUGUGGUCAAAGGCAGCACCGCGGUCAUGAAAGUGAACUUCGUGGGCACACGAGAUAACAUCAGAUCAAUUAAUGCUGUGGUUCAUGCCACCGCUUUGGGUCUAACAGCGCCAUACCCACUGCCCGCUGAUGUCGCCGAUGUGUGCCGUAAUUUGUUGAACGGCGCCUCAUGCCCCAUUGAUGAGUCCGAGGAUGUCGUAUACAACUUCAACUUCUACAUUGAUCCCUCCUACCCUGAGGUCAGCGUUAAAGUAGAAUUGGAUUUGGUUGAUGAAUACAAAGAAUCCAUUGCCUGCUUCGUCACCGACAUUAAAGUACAAAGAGCUUAAGCGGAAAAUUGAUUGGAAAUAUAGAAAAUGCGUGGAAUUAUGUAUAUAUCAUUUGUAAAUAGUAAAUAAUAAUAAAUAAAUUUAAAAAUUGUAUUAAAAAAAUUUAAAA